AUGUCUUGCGAUUUAACUGACCCAGCCAUUUCGGUAGCAUAUGAUGAGAUCGUCAGUGGUCAGGAUACUAACUGGCUCAUUCUUGGCUAUAAUGAUACUAGGGACAAAAUUUCCUUAUAUUCUAAAGGUCCCGGUGGUCUUGAUGAACUUCGCGAUAAUCUCAAAGAGGAAGUAAUCUAUGGUUUUUUGAGAAUAGAAAAUAGAUUCGUCUUGUUAACUUAUGUGAGCGACCAAGUCAGUGGUGUAAGAAGAGCCCGCGCUUUGGUCCACGGCAGAGCCGUUGGUGCAUUAUUUAAGGCACACCAAAUUCAAAUUAACGCCUCCACACCCAAUGAUCUUACUGAAGCUAAUGUGCGAAAUCGAUUGAAACUCGGCGACCCAGCCGAAAGACCAAACUCUCCACCAAAACGUGUCCAAACUCAAACAACUCUUAAUACACCACCAAUUUCUAGCCCGGUUCAACCUCAAUCACCAGUUUCACCAGGUCAAGAUGUAGAAAUCGAUGAAGCUGCUGCUAAACAGGAAUCCGAAAGACGCGCUCAGGAAGACGCUGAAAGACAAGCCCGAGAAAAAGGUGAACGCGACGCUGCAGAUAGACGGAAAGCUGAACAGGUCGCAAGAGAGGCUGCUCAGAGAAGAGCACUUGAAGAGGCCGAGAAAAAGAAAAAUGAAGCCCUUGAACUAGAGCGAAAAGAAAGAGUGGCUGCUGAAGCUAAAGCUAAAGCAGAAUCUGAUCGCAAAGCCCGUGAAGAGGCAGAACGGAAACGUACUGAAGAACUCAGAUCUAAAUUUGCUGAGUUGGAAAAGAGCGGAAAGGUUACAUUAAGUGGUUAUAUCACGGUUCAAGGUGGCGGAGUUUACUUUUGGAAGCGUCGAUUCUUUGAACUUCGUGGAAAGACACUCUACCUAUUCCGUGACGAAACCGAUAAACUUCCUAUUUCUAAACUUGAACUUGACGGUCAAGUAACUGGCGUAACGGAUGCGCAAUCCGAUGUAUUGAUACUUAAUUCCUUUAAAGUGGAUUUCCGAUCAUCAGAACCUUAUUACUUCUUUUCGGAUGAUAAGAAGAACAAGGAAUUGAUUGUCGCGGCUUUAGGCAGAUAUGUCAAUGCAAAAUAA